GAAACACAGCCCUGGUCAGCAGUCAGCUGACUUUUGAGGCACAUGACAUACACAAACCCGUCCACAUGAUUCAAUCUCUCACAACCGCUCUGUAAAUCCACAAUCAUUCAACACGACCUGUUUGCUUUAGGGAUCAGCAGCAGGUUUGCUUCAAUUCUCAGACUCAAAAGGCUUCAACUGUUUCAUUGCAGAAAUCUCGUUUCCGGAAGUUCAGCGUUGGAUUCCGACAUGCAGCGAACGGCUGUGAUUUUUUUGCUGGCCUUCUCUACGGCCGCCCAGGCUCUGGACAAUGGGCUGAUGAAGACCCCACCCAUGGGCUGGCUGGCAUGGGAACGAUACCGCUGCGAUAUUGACUGUGACAACGAUCCUAAAAACUGCAUUAGCGAGGUGCUCUUCAGAGACAUGGCUGACCGACUGUAUGAGGACGGCUGGAGGGAGCUCGGUUACGUCUAUAUUAACAUCGAUGACUGCUGGGCUUUAAAGAAAAGAGAUGCUCAAGGACGACUGCAAGCGGAUCCGAAGAGGUUCCCAAGAGGCAUUCCGAACCUGGCACGCUACGUUCACGACCGCGGGCUCAAGCUGGGUAUUUAUGGCGAUUUGGGAACGUACACGUGUGCGGGAUACCCCGGGACGACCCUGGACACAAUUGAGAUCGAUGCACAGACCUUUGCCAAAUGGGGAAUCGACAUGCUUAAAUUGGACGGCUGCUACUCCAACGCUACUGACCAGGAGCAGGGCUACCCACUCAUGUCCAAAGCCCUGAAUGCUACCGGCCGUCCGAUCGGCUACUCCUGCAGCUGGCCUGCCUACCAGGGUGGACUUCCUCCUAAAGUCAAUUACACUCUGCUCGGCGAGAUCUGUAACCUGUGGCGCAAUUACGGCGACAUUGAGGAUUCGUGGGAGAGCAUCUUAAACAUCCUGGACUGGUUUACGGAGCACCAGGAUAUCCUGCAGCCUGCCGCUGGACCAGGACAAUGGAAUGAUCCUGACAUGCUGGUCAUUGGCGAUUUUGGCCUCAGCAUGGAACAGUCUCGCUCUCAGAUGGCGUUGUGGGCCAUCAUGGCCGCUCCUCUUUUCAUGUCGAACGACCUGAGGACUCUGAACAGUGGCGCACGGGCCAUCCUGCAAAACAAAGUCGCCAUCGCGAUCAACCAGGACCCUUUGGGCAUCCAAGGCAGACGUCUGAUAAAGGAGAGCUACGGUAUCGAGGUGUUCUGGCGCCCUCUGUCAAAUAAAGCCAGCGCCCUGAUGUUCUUCAGCCGGAGAACGGACAUGCCGUACCGGUAUAAGACAUCUCUCAAGGUGCUUGACUACACCCCUGGCAGCUAUAAGGUGUACGAUGUGUUCAUGGAGAAGAGAAUUUCUUCACUGAAGGACACCACCGAGUUCGUCGUGUCCAUCAAUCCCUCCGGGGUGGUCAUGUGGUACGUCGCGCCUGCAGCCGAUCGUCCCAAAUUCCGUCACGUGAACACCAACCACGGCGAUCCUUUCCUCAUGUAAACGAGUCUACGUCUUCUCUUCUGUCCGCUAAUGUUUUUUUUAUUCGAUUCUUUUUUAACAGCGUCGCUCGUUUUUAAGUUUGGUUUUUCAGUAUCGCAAGUACAUUAUGGAUUGGCUUGAAGCUUUUAAACGUCUUUAGGACAAAUUCCUGGUCAGGACCAAGAGCAAGAACGAACCUAAGAAAACUCCUGAGAGUCUCCGAGCACAAAAGGGAAAAAAAGAGCAGAAACGUAAAAAUCCAAGCCAAAAGUAUUGGAAAACCUAUACAUGCGAUGGCGUGAAAGAUCCAGAGUAACAGACCCUAUCAAACAGCUUCAUGCUCAUCCCUGUGGCUGAACGAGCGCGAAAUCUCCACAAAAUCCAGUAGAACAUCUUCCCAGAAGAAGCUAAUUUUAAGAGUCCAUACAAAUCUUAUGCUCAGGUGUCCACAAACUAUUGCUCCACACAGCUCACCAACACCGAACAUUUUUUAUUUUUAUUUUUUUACCCCCGGGUAAAUCAUUUAAACAAAUCAAAAUUAAACAACAUCCCAUAAUAACUUUAGUUUGUUUUGUUUCGUUUUUUGACCAAUUUGUUUUAAAACGUUAAAAAGCUUCACGUUACAUCUUGCACAUUUUUCGGUUGCGGCUUUUCACGUGAUCCUGAACAAAGUUCAGCCCGAAUCACAACACUGCGGAGGAGGAGAAGAAAGUGGAGGAGGAGGACGUCUGGUGCUUUCGAAUGAUCUUUUAUGCUCAGGGACUUUAGAUCUUGUUUACAAUCAACUAAACUGAAUAAGAUUUUUACUAGUUUUUCUUGCCGAUUGUGUCUUUUGAUUGACACAUCGAGUUUCUCAGCACUCAGUCCCGGACAGAAAUCAGUUGAUUUAGUUUUGAAUAAAAAGAAAAUACUAAUAAAAAAAAAAAAUUA